AAGCACCUUCAUGUUGAGAAGACCUGAUAAGCUUGUGCAAAAUAGGCAAAGUGAUUAGAAGACAUUUCAAUAGCUGUUCCUGUCAUGUGUUAUAGAUAAGCGCUUCACUUUUUUUUAAUCAUCUUUCUGAUUACAUUUGUUUGAAUAAAUACAUGUUCUGUGGUUGAUUAAACACUAGAAGGUCACGAGGUUCCACUGCAGUGUGUCUUUGACUGCCAGCAGUUGAGUCAGGCUGUGAUAGCAGCCUCUGGACCUGAACACAUAGACACAUAACUACAAGUCAUCAUUUACCAGGCAAAUAAGCCUCACCUCCUCCUAUGCACAGCCGAGUUUGCAUAGAAAGCGAAGAGGAAAGUUAUUGCAAUGCUUGACAGCUGUUCAGAAAAAAUGAAUCAGCUAAGAGCAGAGGGAUAUAAAGGAUCAAGGACAGGUAACACAGGGUUCUGAUCAACAAAGACCUAGAUCACAAUGUGGAGCAGGUCAAGUCCAGCUCUCAGCAGGUGGAGCAGCUUCAGCUCAGCAACUUCAGGUCCCUCUAGACCACACAGUGUGAUGGACAUACUCAACCUGUGGAAUGAUGACCCAGAGGAGGUUCUCUUGGACCUGGGCUUUGGCUGUGACGAACCUGACCUUUCUGGACGUAUACCGGCCCGAUUCAUUAAUCAUCAGUCUCAGGCGAGAGGAAUAAACCUCCAGGUGUUUCUGGAAGCCCAGAAGAACCGGCUGGACCUGGAGAACCCAGAUGUCAGCAAUCGUUUUAGACAGCUCGAGGUUCUCCAGCAAGUAACUACAGCGUUCUCCUCCUUGGUGAGGUCUUCCUCCCCAUCACCUCUCAGAGCACCUCUGGGGAAAGCCCUGUCUCCUGAGGCCCAGGAAAGGAGGAGGCGCAUGGGCAUCCUGUUCAGAAGAGCAUCAAAGAAGUCCCUCAGCCAAAUCCACAAACAUAAAACCCAGGACUUAACCACACCUGCCGCCACAUAUUCUCCCUGUGCUGCACCUGAGUCACUGCAACCUCCAUUCAACCUUGGAGACAAAAAAGUCCCCUCAAAAAGAGUCAAACCUGGACUUCUGGAGACUGGGUGUCUGAGUCCUCUGGCAGAGGAGAAAGGAGCUGGUCCAGACCCUCAGCCCCAGCCUAACGUGGCCCCUUUUGUAGCCCAUGAGGGAGCACUCAGUCACCGGCCCCGGACAGAAGGUCACCCCCUGACAGCCAACACUUUUUUACUGCAAAAGAAGAGCCUAGGGCAGGCCAGGGAAUCAUUUGAAAUUGAAGAGAUCCACAGUUUUGAUGAAAGUUGUGUCACGAGGAGCUACACAGGAGGAGCAGAACAUUUAGCGCAGGGAGUAAUACGGAGCAACAGCUGCCAGUCAGACAGCAGUGGUUUUUUAGAGGAGCCCUUCAUCCCCCCUCUUUUUAAGCACGCUUCACCAGGAGCUGAUCUCAUCAAGCCUCUGUCCGGCCUGUCAGGAGGGAGCACUGACAUACAGAGCAAUGAGAGGCCAGCCUGCCCCUCUCCUUCUUCCCCUCAUACCCCUGCAUCUCCCCUGCUCUCCUCAUCUCUGACCUCUUCUUCUGUUAACAAAUCUCUCCUUGUCUCACCCGGUCCUUCACCAAAGCAUUCAAUAGUCUUUAGCCCUUCCCCAUCUCCUGUCUUGUUGUGUCUCCCAAAAUCUGACCGGCACAUUUCAGAGACGGAGACACCACCAGAUCAGGAUCAGUCUCCACCUGCUUCACUCUCUGCAUUGGUGUGUGAGUACCUUCCUCCUUGCUCUUCCUCAACCGAGUUACAGAGCGUAACUCACUCUCAAGAUGUCACUCUCCGUUCUCCUUUUGUCUUUACCGCUCUCUCCCCUACAUCUUUCCCCAUGCAACCAGAGGAGAUUAAAACUGAGGACAAGGAUACUCCGUCCCCUCACCUCUCUGCUCUAAUCCAUGACUCUGAAGGCACAGCAGGCUCUACCUAUUCAAGUGUCCCUCCUCCUGCCUCAUCUCUUUUUCCCUCUCCAAAUUUGGAUCGUCUGUUUUCUCUGUCAAUUGCUACGUCUUCUACACAGUCUGACUCUUCCUCUGGGAGUCCAGGGAACUCUCAGUCAGAACAGAGUAAAGUGGCUUCGCACAGAAAUUCCCUGUGUGCUUUUUUUGGCUUAUCAUCUCUGCUUCCCUCUUCCCCAUCUGCCCCUCCUGAUUUUCAUUGUCCAGCCUCUUUAGCUUCCCCCCUACUAAACGAGUCCCUCUCACAGAAUCCAGAAAACAAUCAUAAAGAUUACCUUCUCCAAGUCUCAGAUGGAAUAUGCCUCACUGAUUCAUCUAUCAAUCCACACAAGGAUGGGGAAGAAACACCCUCCUCUCUCUCCUUUCACGCCUCAGCUUCAUCCUCUCUCAUGCUGGUGUCCUACGAGUUUGAGGAGCACUGUCCCACACUGCCCUGCCUUCCUCCGAACCCUUCCUUUCCAGUUUGUCAGUCUGCUUUGCCACCACUCUCACACAAUUUAGAGAGUCUGAUAGAUCCAGCUGCUGGAGGAAGUUCUGACCUGUCAGAGCAGUCCAUUUGCCAACAUGAUGAUAUCACAGACUCUGCUCCGACCCCUCCUGUCCAAGAUAUUAUUCAUGUUAAGAUGAAUCACCUCUCCUUGGACUUUAAAUAUGCCACUCAGAGGAAUGAAAAGGGAGCAGCAGCGGGUGAGAGACAUAGUGACACUGUGCAGACUCAAAAGACUGUUUAUAUCUCAGAUACAGAGAGUUCUGCAGACCUGUCAGAAGGUUGUAGAUUAGUCUCUGAGGAAAUAUGUAAUCAAACAGAAAUAGAUCCGCAGCUCCUGUCCUGUAGUCUGCCUGACGAGCUUUCAACUGGAACCCAACCGGAACAGUGUCAAAGGGAAGUUAAUGGCUCAGAAAAUGAAUCACUCAGAAGUUCUUUAGUUUCACAUGAUGAUGUGCCGGAGGCAGACAGUGGAACUGAAGUGGAACCAAAGGUUCUAAUCAAGGUUGAGAGCUUAGAUCGGGUAUUCCAAACCUCAGUGGAUGACUCGGAAAGUGAAACUGGAGACGUGGAUGUGUUUUUGCAACAGCUUGAUACUGAAGGGCGAGCCUAUUGGGCAGAACGUAUCCAGGUUUCCAAUCCAAGCCCUGUGCUUGAAGAGUCAGUUAGCAUUGAAACCUCAGACGGAUCUCCUGGGAAUUCUCAGUUACCUAGAGGCCCAGCUGUUCUAGACUCAUUGCCAUCCACAGGUAGAGCUAUGCUUUUAUCUCCAUCAUCCUCAACAACAAUGGACACUGACCAGAUGUCAGGAAAUACAACUGGCUCCUCAGAUACAGAUUCACCCUCCUCCUUGACCCUAGCUCCAUUCCCAUCCCCCUCCACAACCCCAGAUAUCAAGACAUCAAGCCGCUCUGUUUCUGUCCAGAUGUCUUCAUCUCUAUCUUCUCAUAUCGUCCAGAGGAGGGAUGUUCCCUAUAUAACUGACUCAAAACGCACCCUUCUGCCUUGUGUUCUCCCUUUGGACACUUCCACCCCUUUCCGUGCUGUCCAGUCAUGGACAGACCUGCAGAUUCAACAAAACCCUCUCACCAAGACGUUAAAUGGGGCUCUUCAUACUGCCCCAAAGGAUGUAACAUUAUCCACUGGUGCCACAGAAACAACACAAGGACCUACGCUGAACUCCUCUUUGUCUCCAUCUUUUCCUAUGCUGUCUAAUGACUGGCAGUCACAUCACUGUCUUCCUGAGAAGACUAAACAUCAACGCACUCUGUCAGUCUCUGUGGAUAAAGGGUUGUGGCUCGAUGAGGAGGAAGAGGUGGAUGGGAAUGAGGAGGAAGAGGUGGAUGGGAAUGGAAAUGAAGAAGAGGGUAAGCUUUGGAAGGAGGAUCAGACAGCCACCAUGGCAUGCUGCUGCUCCUGUGACCAUCAGUGUACCUGCCUCACUCAGAAGAGAUACAACAUUCCUGUGAGUAAUACCACACUCUCUAUGGUGUGUCCUUUUACUUUAUGUAUUCAGUCAAAAGCAUUGAUAGCUUCCAACUGUGUCAUGUUACAGUUGUGAUUCGGUUCAGUCAUGGGUCUGUCAGGUUUCAGAGUCCCCUGGAAGCAUUUUAGAAGUGGAGACUCAUUUAUAAUAUAGUUUAAGGUUGUUUCGCCAUCAUCAGUGUGAAAAAUGAUUGACACUUGAAACCCCCUGAAAGCCUCAACAGCAAACAUUUUGGAGGUCUCUGGAAAAACCUUGCAAUCACU